ACAGGGGACAGUUCACACUCAGGGAGAGAGUUCACCUUACACUGCAAGUGGCUGCACUGAACCGAGCUGAAGGAAUCCAAAAAUGCCCCUAGAAAUAUAUCUGGAUCUUUUCUCGCAGCCAUGUCGGUCUGUUUACAUAUUCGCCAAGAAGAAUAACAUCCCGUUUGAGUUUAAGAAGAUUUCUCUGUUUGAAGGAGAACAGUAUGGUGAGGAGUUUGGGAAAGUGAACCCAUGGAGGAAAGUACCCGCCAUACGAGAUGGAGAUUUCUGCUUAUCUGAGAGCAUAGCCAUCUUGCUGUACAUGGUGGAGAAGUACAAGACCGAUGACCACUGGUACCCCAAUGACCUGCAGAAGAGGGCACGCAUCAACGAGUACCUCGCCUGGCAACACAUGGGCAUACGCAUGCACGGAUCCAAGAUCAUCUAUAUUAAUCUGCUGGUCCCCAAGAUCGUGGGGAGAGAGGCCCCCGAGGCGAAGAAGAAGGCGGCCAUCGACGACCUGAACGGCUCACUGAAGAUGAUAGAGGAGAAGUUCCUGCAGGACAGACCCUUCAUCGCCGGAGAUCAAAUCUCACUCGCAGACCUGGUCGCCAUAGUGGAAGUCUACCAGCCCAUAGGUGGGGGCAUAGACGUGUUUGAGGGGCGCCCCAAGCUGAGCGCGUGGCGAGAUCGCGUGCGUCAGAAGAUUGGGCCAGCGCUGUUCGACGAGGUGCACAAAGGAAUUAUGACAUGCCAGGAUAUGGUUGAUACCCUCGACAUGUCCAAGAUGGCAGCCUUCAAACCAGUUUUGGAGGCGAUGUUCUUCUGAAAAACUUACUCUGUCUGAAGAGGUUCAUCAUCAAUCAUUCACAGCUAUUCUGAAGAGUUUAAUGUUUUUUGUUUUUGUGCAAUGUUUUUGUUUUUUGAGUCUAAUUUUAGAAAUUGCGCUCAACUCCCAACUGUUUCUUACAAGGACUUUGAGUGCGAGCAAACAGCAAAGUUCUUGUUUAGUAAAAAAGCCGCACUCUUCGGUGUAAUUCUUGCAGUUUUAAUCUACUGGGUUAGCAUGACAGACAGACGUUUCGGCCUAAGCCUUCUUCAGCGUCUUUUUGUGCAAUGGAGGCCUUUACAUGUAAGUACCGGUAAGGCGUACUGCAUACUGUUUCAGUAUGCACAUCAUUUCUCUGCAGGUGUUAUUCUGUCCAUUCAUUAUGUUCAAUUAUUCUGUAUGAGCAAUGUCUACGUCCAUACUGUCUAUGUCCAUGUAUGAGUACUGUCUAUGUCUAUACUGUCUAUGUCCUUACCUAGAUUAGUCUAUGUCUGCAUGGGAGAGCAAGAAACGCAAUUUCAAAUUCUUUGUAUGACCAGUGCAUGUAAAGAAAUUGACAAUAAACUUGACUUGACUUG